UGUCACGGCGUGUCACGGCGACACACCGUGCCACGCUGUGACAUCCCCGUGCCUACACCGCGCGCACACCGCGUCAAGACCGUAACAAGCGCUCCAAAUGGUCGCGGCGCCGUGCCAGAAAUCAAAACUUUUUGAUUUUGUGUCACGGGGUGGCGCGGUGGCGCGUCGCCGCAACAGACACCGUGAUGCGUGUCGCGGCGCCGUGACAGACACCGCGGCACACCGCGACUCACCGCGGCACACCGCGCCAAGUUCGCCUGGGUGCAACUUGACGCGGCGCCUACAGCAACUUGACACGGCGGGCACGGAGUGGCCGCGGUGACUGUCACGGUGGGCGCGGCGUGGCCGCGGUGACUGUCACGGUGCGACACGGUGUGUUCGCGGUGUGGUCACGGUGUGUACGCGGUGUGGUCACGGUGGGUUACAGUAAUUGGAAUUUAAUGUGCUGAUUGGCUGACAACAUGCAUGGGAGGGUAUAAAUAUAGAUAAAGUCACAGCACAUUAACCAUUCCGACUCAUUCAAGCACUGCACACAGGUCUCUACAAUGCCUCGCAAGAAGUCGAGUGAAUCCCCAGCCCACCUUUCUGCUAACCUGAUGCCUGUUGAAGAUCCUUCAGUAGAAUAUGCAGAUGGAGAAAGUAGCCCACAUCCCGACGGUGUUGCUGAAGAUGACGUGAUGGGAGGACCAAGUGGCCGACAACCCCAUGCCAAGAGGAGAUGUCGUCCCAGCAAGAAAGACAUACCAAAUUACAAGUUUUCAGAAGAACAAGAGAAGGCUGUUGCGGAAUUCGUUCACGAACAUUCGGCCUUAUAUGACAAGAAGGACAAACGAUGGUGCGACCCCAAGUUCAAGGAGGCCCUGUGGCAAGAGGUGGCAGAGACGUUCCCUGAUUGUUCGUUUCUACAAGUGAAGAAGUUCUUCGAAAUGAGGAGGACUGAUUUUGGCAAGAUUGAAAAGAAAGCUAACAAGAGUGGGUCCGCUGCACGAAAACUUACACCAAGGGAGGAGGUGGUGAUGGCGACGUGGGGCUUUCUCGGAGGGCACAUAGCCCACGAACCUACACAAUCCAGCGACCGAUUCUCCCCUACGGUUUCACACAGGUCGUCGUCUUCUGAGUCAGGUCAUUCGGCCCAUUCCAUCAUCCGACGAAGGAACCUGGGAAUGGUGAAACGAAAGAGAACGGGAACAGAGACCACAACACACUCAAGUGUACCUGAAGAUGACGACACCACCAUCAAGGAUCUUCUGAAUGAAGCCAAGAAGAUCAUGGAGAGGAGGGAAACGACAGGGGUGGAGGCUGAAAUUCAGGACUUUACCACGUACCUCUGCUCCAGGCUUCGCAAAGUGGCGCGAAGGAAUCACAAAGUUCUGUUUCCCCAGAUCCUGGAGUUAGUGUCACUGUUGGAGGAGGAGCCUGGUGAUGAGGUUGGGGAAGGCAAAAUCGACGGUGAGAAGGUACUGUCUCGACACUCCACACCACAGCAGCCCGCACAGCCUCCACAGCAGCACUACCAGCCACCACAGCAGCAGUAUCAGCCACCACAGCAGCUCUACCAGCCACCACAGCAGCCAGCACAGCCUCCACAGCAGUACCAGUCACCACAACAGCCCGCACAGCCUCCACAGCAGUACCAGCCACCACAGGAGCUCUACCAGCCACCACAGCAGUACCAGCCACCACAGCACCCCGCACAACCUCCACAGCAGUACCAGUCACCACAGCAGCCAUACCAGCCACCACAACAGCAGUAUCAGACACCACAGCAGCAGUACCAGCCUGUGUAUACUGUGCUGUCAACACCAAAACAGCAAAUACCUCCUAGCCCUGCUCCAGCUCCUGCAGCAGCAACUUCAUAUUUCCUGUUUCAAUGGAAAUGAUGGUACCCUCCGUCAAGUCUCCCAGCGUCGCUAGUAUAUCUUCCUCCAAGUCCGUCCUGGAGACACCCAAGGUGACCAGACCAGUUGACAAUCUUGACAGUGAUGAGGACGACGACUAGUCUCUACAUACUAAA